AAAGAAAAGUUAAAUUUUGCUCAUUAAUGUUAAAUUCAUCACUAGAUCUGAUAAUUAAAACCGUUGAAAACUUCAAACUCCCAUAUAAAUGUACUAAACUGUCACUUUUUUCAUCAUAUUCAUAACAAUGUUCAUUUUCAUUUAAAAAAAAAAAGCGAAAAACGAAAAAGAGACAUGAUUUCUACGACGUCCGACAUUUCGUUCCUUCGUUUCAUAUUACUGCAAUUAUUUGUGAAUAUUGCAAAAGGCGCAUCGAUAUUCAAUGUGAUCGAAUUUGGUGCAAACCCAAACGGAACUACCGAGUCAACUCGGCCUUUCCUCAGUGCUUGGGCAUCCGCGUGCGCCUCGAGGUUAUCAUCGUCAAUUUACGUUCCGGAAGGGCGUUUCUUGAUUGGUUUCGCAGAGUUUAGAGGUCCGUGCGAAAAUCCGAUUAGGGUUCAAAUUGACGGCACCCUUGUAGCUCCAAUUGACUAUAAUGCCCUUGGAAACUCCGGCCAUUGGUUACUGUUCAUUCAAGUCAACCGGAUUACGGUGGUCGGAGGAGUUGUUGAUGCUAACGGGGCGGGGUUUUGGGCAUGCAAGACAUCCGGCCAGAAUUGCACGGUCGAAGCAAGGUCUAUAACAUUUAAUUGGGUUAAUGACGGUGAAAUUAGCGGGUUAACCUCGAUUAACAGCCAGCUAACGCACCUUGUGAUUAAUAGCUGCAAGAAUGUGAAGGUGAGUAAUGUGAGGAUCGUAGCUCCGGACCUAAGCCCUAAUACCGACGGGAUUCAUGUUCAAUCUUCGACUAACGUCACCAUCACAAAUAUCAUCAUUAAAACGGGUGACGAUUGUAUUUCGAUCGGGCCAGGGACUAGAAAUUUGUGGAUGGAGAAAAUACAGUGCGGCCCGGGACAUGGAGUCAGCAUAGGGAGUUUGGCUCGAGAUUUUAUCGAAGAUGGUGUCGAAAAUGUGACAUUAGUAAAUUCAAAUUUUAGCGGGUCGGAUAAUGGGCUGCGGAUAAAAACAUGGGCCCGGCCCAGCAUUGGGUUCGUGCGGAACGUUAGUUAUCGAAACAUUGUUAUGAAUAACGUUGAGAACCCAAUUAUUAUCGACCAAAAUUAUUGCCCAAACAACCAAGGUUGUCCUCUCCAGAGCUCCGGAAUAAAGAUCGACCAAGUAACAUACGAAAAUAUCCAAGGAACAUCGGCAACACAAGUUGCCAUGACUUUUGAUUGUAGCCCUACUAAUCCAUGUGUAGGCAUCAAAUUAAAGGACAUUAAUCUUACUUAUUUGGACAUAAAAAGGGCGCAAUCUUUCUGCAAAAACAUCGGCGGAACUUCCGGUGGUGUUAUCGUGCCCGAUAAUUGUUUGUAGUGUCGAUAAAUUAAACGAAUCUCGCCAAGUGAAGAUCAACUCCUAUGUGGAUAGACAAAUUGUUGGAUGUAACAUUUGUAAUAUUAUUACAUUCAAUAGAGGAGUUAGUAUCUUUGGGUAAAAGGGAUUUUAGAUCUAUAUAUUGAAGAACAAAUAUGUUUAUUAUAAUUGUGCAACAAAUGUGUUCAUUGUUCCCCUAAACAAAUUGUAUUAAUUA